GGCGCGCGUCACGGGGGCGGGAGUCAGCUGAGCGGCCGGGCCGUAGUGGGAUCGCCUGGGACGCGCUAAGGGGAGCCUGAGCUCGUUUGGGGGCGGGAGUAGGGAGCGAGGCUGCGCCCGAACCAAGGAGAGCUGGACGAGCUGCUCGCUCUGUAAGGCGAGAGCAAGGUCCUCAGGAUCUUAAAGAGGAGGCGGUGGCGGCGGCAGGUUCCCAGGGUCUGUCAGAGGCUGGGGAGUCGCAGCUUCCAAUCCGGGGCGACGGGGAUCCCUGGGGGGAGCCCUGUUGUAAUCCCUGGGCCCCAGAGGAAGGGCGCAGAGGCCGGGCACCAUGGCGUCCAUCCUGGAUGAGUACGAGGACUCGCUGUCCCGCUCGGCCGUCUUGCAGCCCGGCUGCCCUAGCAUGGGCAUCCCCCACUCGGGGUAUGUGAAUGCCCAGCUGGAGAAGGAGGUGCCCAUCUUCACAAAGCAGCGCAUUGACUUUACCCCUUCUGAGCGUAUCACCAGUCUUGUCGUCUCCUGCAAUCAGCUCUGCAUGAGCCUGGGCAAGGAUACACUGCUCCGCAUUGACCUGGGCAAGGCAAAUGAGCCCAACCAUGUGGAGCUGGGGCGCAAGGAUGAUGCCAAAGUGCACAAGAUGUUCCUGGACCAUACUGGCUCUCACCUGCUGGUUGCUCUGAGUAGCACCGAGAUCCUCUAUGUGAACCGAAAUGGACAGAAGGUCCGACCACUGGCACGCUGGAAGGGGCAGCUGGUGGAGAGUGUGGGUUGGAACAAGGCACUGGGCACUGAGAGCAGCACCGGCCCCAUCCUGGUGGGAACUGCCCAAGGCCAGAUCUUCGAAGCAGAGCUCUCAGCCAGUGAGGGGGGACUUUUCGGCCCUGCCCCAGAUCUCUACUUCCGUCCUCUGUAUGUGCUGAAUGAAGAAGGGGGUCCAGCACCUGUGUGCUCCCUCGAGGCCGAGCGGGGACCUGAUGGGCGUGGCUUUGUCAUUGCCACCACUCGGCAGCGUCUCUUCCAGUUCAUAGGCCGAGCAGCAGAGGCAGCUGAGACCCAGGGCUUCUCAGGGCUCUUUGCUGCCUACACGGACCACCCACCGCCAUUCCGUGAGUUUCCCAGCAACCUGGGCUACAGUGAGUUGGCCUUCUAUACCCCCAAGCUGCGCUCGUCCCCGCGGGCCUUUGCCUGGAUGAUGGGGGAUGGCGUGUUGUAUGGUGCAUUGGACUGUGGGCGUCCAGACUCCCUACUGAGUGAGGAGCGAGUCUGGGAGUACCCAGAGGGGGUAGGUCCUGGGGCCAGCCCACCCUUGGCCAUUGUCUUGACCCAGUUCCACUUCCUGCUGCUGCUGGCUGAUAGGGUGGAGGCUGUGUGCACGCUGACCGGGCAGGUGGUGCUACGGGACCACUUCCUGGAGAAGUUUGGGCCGCUGAGACACAUGGUGAAGGACUCGUCCACAGGCCAGCUGUGGGCCUACACUGAGCGGGCUGUCUUCCGUUACCACGUGCAGCGGGAGGCCCGGGAUGUCUGGCGCACCUACCUGGACAUGAACCGUUUCGAUCUGGCCAAAGAGUACUGUCGAGAACGGCCUGACUGCCUGGACACAGUCCUGGCCCGGGAGGCUGAUUUCUGCUUUCGCCAGCGUCGCUACCUGGAGAGCGCGCGCUGCUAUGCCCUGACCCAGAGCUACUUUGAGGAAAUUGCUCUCAAGUUCUUGGAGGCCCGGCAGGAGGAGGCUCUGGCUGAGUUCCUGCAGCGAAAACUGGCCAGUUUGAAGCCAGCCGAGCGCACUCAGGCCACCCUGCUGACCACCUGGCUGACAGAACUCUACCUGAGCCGGCUCGGGGCUCUGCAGGGUGACCCAGAGGCCCUGACCCUCUACCGGGAAACACGAGAACGUUUUCGUGCCUUUCUCAGUAGCCCUCGCCACAAGGAAUGGCUUUUUGCCAGCCGGGCCUCUAUCCAUGAGCUGCUCGCCAGUCAUGGGGACACUGAGCACAUGGUGUACUUUGCUGUGAUCAUGCAGGACUACGAGCGGGUGGUGGCAUACCACUGCCAGCACGAGGCCUACGAGGAGGCCUUGGCGGUGCUUGCCCGCCACCGUGACCCCCAGCUCUUCUACAAGUUCUCACCCAUCCUCAUCCGUCACAUCCCCUGCCAGCUGGUAGAUGCCUGGAUUGAGAUGGGUAGCCGGCUGGAUGCCCGGCAGCUCAUCCCUGCCCUGGUGAACUAUAGCCAGGGUGGUGAGGCCCAGCAGGUGAGCCAGGCCAUUCGCUACAUGGAAUUCUGCGUGAACGUGCUGGGGGAGACGGAGCAGGCCAUUCACAACUAUCUGCUAUCACUCUAUGCCCGUGGCCAGCCAGCCUCGCUUCUGGCCUACCUUGAGCAGGCUGGGGCCAGCCCACACCGGGUGCAUUACGACCUCAAGUAUGCACUGAGGCUCUGUGCUGAGCACGGCCACCACCGUGCCUGUGUCCAUGUCUACAAGGUCCUAGAGCUGUACGAAGAGGCUGUGGACCUGGCCCUACAGGUAAGCUGGGGAGUCUUGACUCAGCCGGGAGAGGCACCUGGAGAGCAGUAG